AUGGCUAGCCCACCACCCGUCACCGAGGACCAGAACCGCCUCCUCGAGGAGGCAUUGGGGGUGGUGAGGCAGCAGUCAAGUUUGAUGCGCAAAUGUCUGGAAACCCCUGGCAAGCUUAUGGACGCGCUCAAAUGCGGGUCAACUCUUGUCUCUGAAUUGCGAACCCCCAGUCUCGGCCCCAAGCAAUAUUACGAAUUGUAUAUGGCUGUCUUUGAUGCAUUGCGACAUCUAUCCGUCUACCUAAAGGAGAACCACCCUGUCAACCACCUCGCCGACCUAUACGAACUCGUCCAAUAUGCCGGCAAUAUUGUCCCUCGACUGUACCUCAUGAUCACUGUAGGCACUGUCUACAUGUCGGUUGAAGAUGCGCCGGUCAAGGAAAUCAUGAAGGAUAUGAUGGAGAUGAGCCGAGGUGUCCAACACCCGAUCCGUGGCUUGUUCUUGCGAUACUAUCUCUCUGGCCAAGCCAGAGAUUACUUGCCUCUGGGAACUGGCGACGGUCCAGAAGGUAACAUGCAGGAUUCGAUCAACUUUGUUCUGACGAAUUUCGUGGAGAUGAACAAGCUUUGGGUCCGGCUUCAGCACCAAGGCCCUUCGCGCGAGAGAGAGCGAAGGAUCCAAGAACGACGUGAACUGGAGCUUCUUGUUGGUAGUAAUGUGGUCCGACUCAGUCAGCUUGUGGAUCUCGAGGGAUACAAGAAUGGUAUUCUCCAGGCGCUUCUGGAGCAGGUUGUACAAUGCAGAGACGUCCUCGCGCAAGAAUACCUCCUAGAAGUUAUCACAAAGGUGUUCCCAGACGAAUUCCAUCUUCAUACUCUGGAUCUGCUGCUAUCCGCCAUUGCCGGGCUCAACCCACAAGUCGACCUGAAGAAAAUCGUCAUUGGACUUAUGGAUCGUCUUUCAUCGUAUGCUGCAAAGGAAGCAGAGGGAGCCGCGGAGCCAGAAGCCAAGAAACAGAGCGAGGAAGAAGCCGUCACUCGUUUAUUGGAAAAGCUUGAGCUCGCGAAAGAAACCAAAGCCACUGAAUCAAAGGAAGAAAGCUCCGCUAAAGAGCCAGAAGACAAAUCCGCCGAAAAUGGCCUCGAAGAGUCAACGAAAGAGGACUCAGGAUCCCUCGAGCCCGCGCAACAAGAGAGCAAAGCCGAGAAUGGCGACGACACGAAGCCUGGUAUCCCAGCAGAAGUCAAAUUGUAUGACAUUUUCUACGACCAGGUGGUCAAUUUGAUCAAGAGACGCGCAUUGCCGAUUCAAGAUACAAUGGCGCUUUUGGUAUCACUUGUCAACUUGGCCUUGAACAUCUACCCAGAACGCCUAGAGUAUGUCGACCAAGUUCUGGACUUCGCAACACAAAAGACCACGGAGUACACAGACCAUGCCGAUUUGCACUCGGCGCCUACCCAACAGCAUAUUCUUCAUCUCCUCAACGCCCCCCUCAAAUCCUACAUUUCCAUCUUCACAGCAUUGGCACUACCUCACUAUUUGCCACUUCUGAGUUCGCAAUCAUACCCCACCAGGAGGGCUGUUGCAUCCGAGAUUCUCCGCAGUCUUUUGAGGAACAGGAUCCCGGUUUCAACAACAGAAAACCUGGACCGCGUGCUUCAGGCUGUCAGAGUUCUGAUCAAAGAGGGCAUGCAGCAGUCAGCUGGCUACCCUGGAGCACAAGCACAGCGACGGGGAGGUGAGACCGAUGAAACGGUUGAAGAGCAAGGAUGGCUUGCGAGACUUGUGCAUCUGCUCCAAGGAAAGGAUAAUGAUACCCAACUUAAGCUUCUUCAAGGAGCCCGCAAAGCGUUCGCCGAUGGAAAUGAGCGUAUCCGCUACACCACUCCUGCAAUUGUGACAGCUUCCAUCCGUUUGGCUCGCAAAUUGAAAUCUCGCGAGCACUACGACGACAACUGGCAGUCACAAUCAUCGGCUUUAUACCGCUUCAUGCACCAAGCCAUCAACAACUUGUACCAGCGGGUUACUCCAGGAUGUGCAGACCUUUCACUGCGACUGUUCGUGAUGUGCGGUGAGGUUGCGGAUCAGACGGGCUUCGAAGAAGUCAGCUACGAGUUCUUUGCGCAAGCAUUCACCAUCUAUGAAGAUGCGAUCAGUGACUCGCGCGCUCAGUUCCAGGCCGUUUGCAUCAUUUCUGGUGCUUUGCAUGGAAGUCGUGGAUUCUCCAAGGAGAACUACGAUACGCUUAUUACCAAGGCUGCCUUACAUGGAAGUAAGCUUCUUAAGAAGCCCGAUCAGUGCCGUGCGGUCUAUCUCGCGAGUCACCUCUGGUGGGUGGUUGAAAAUCCUCAGCGUGGAGAGGAUGAUCCCAAGGAUCUAUACCGUGAUGGAAAGCGUGUCCUCGAAUGCCUGCAGCGGGCCCUGCGUGUGGCCGAUGCCUGCAUGGACACUGGUGUCUCUGUUGAACUCUUUGUUGAGAUCCUCAAUCGCUACGUGUACUAUUUCGACCAGCAGAACGAAACUGUCACCACUAAGUAUCUGAACGGCCUCAUUGAACUUAUCCACUCCAACCUACAAAGCAGCGAAGACGAGUCAAACUCUAGUCUCGAUGCUCCCAAGCGUCACUUUGAGCGCACGCUGGAAUACAUUCGCUCUCGUGAAUACGAGGGUAUUGUCACCGAUCCUCCCAAAUGA